GAAGAGAGGGACUUUAGGUUUGAUGAGGACAAGGAGGAAGGGCGUGGAUUGAUUUUUCUGGGGUUUUGUGGAGCGCGCCUUCCAUCGUGAGCUGCCGCGGCAUUGGCGAUGGCGCGGAUCCUGGCGCCGCGGCGAGGCGAUCUCUCCCGGUUUCUUGGGCGCCGGGACUAAUCUUAGCUGCCAGGGUUUUCUUUUCCGCCAAAUCGGUAGCCCCGUCCACACCCAAAGAUGGAUUUGCAAGCGUCCAAAGACGUGGAUGACUGGCGGAGGAUCAUGGCCAUGAAAGUGUCAUCCGAGUAUGACAGUGAGGCGAGCGUCGUGGUGAACAAAGUCACGGCUCGCAUGCUUAAUGGCAUGGCAAAGUUGAAGGCCUCGUUCCAGAGAGACCCGUCGGGAGAAUUCCGGUAUCCUUUGCUCGGGCUGGUGACCAAGUAUCUCUCCGUGCUCUACGACUACGAAGAAAAGAAUGCGCUCGUCACAAUGUCUGCAAACUUGGGCCGAUAUGUGCAAGCAAAGUACAUGCAGGACGUCAAGGCGCAAGAAGGCGAGCUGAGAAUUAUCGCAACGACUAAGGACUCGAGAUACAAGGCCGAGAUUGCUACCGAAACUCCCCCCACAUCCCGGCCGAGACUAAGCUUCACGUUUCCCAAUGGCGAGAUCAAACUGGAAGACGAGAUGAAGAACGAAGCACGGGCCUUAUCUAUCAGCGGCUUCGUUGGUGCGUCACUUGGGAGCGGUGUCUUCGUUGCGGAUUACAAGGAAGAGAAUGCCUCCCUCAAAUACAAGUUCAAAGAUGAGGAGAUGACGCUGUGCCCCACGAUAUCAUGGCCGUCACAGGCGCUAGCAGUGUCUUUCAAGCGGCAGUUUGAUGAAGCAAACAAGCUAAGCUACAUGUACAAUUUCAACAACGAGGCGUGGAGCGCCAUAUUCAAGCACAAGGCAACGGAGAACUUCAAGAUAAAGAUGGGAUACGAUUCGGACGUGGGAGUGAGCUGGGCGUCAGCGUGGGUUGGCAAGGAAGACGAAGGUGCCAAGUCCGCCCCCAAGAAAUGCAAGCUCCAGGUGAUGCUCCAGCUGCCGCAGAACAAUCUCCAGGAGGCAGUGCUCCUCUUUAGAAUAAAGAAGCGGUGGGAUCUCUGAUGAAGAACAACAAGGAGAAGAGGGGCGUGUACCAUUACCUGAUUCCUUACAAGACCCAGCGAAGAGAAGAGUAAAAGCCAGAGAUUUUUUUGGUGUGUGCUCCAACAAGCUUCACCCAUUAUUUCAUCCUUUUGUUUCGCAUGGAAAGAACUCGAUUUGGGUCGAGAUUGAUUGAUUUGGUUU